UUUAACUUAUUUUAAAAUAGAAAGUUUCUAAUUACCAAUGAAAAAAUAGAACUCUAUUCAUUACCAAUGAAAAGGAAAUAUGUCACAUACUUUAUCUAAGUAUUCAUCCAUUGGAUUUGAAAGAUAUGAUGAUUUUCAUGAUGAUUUUUUAUCAUGUUCAUCAAGUUCUUCAUCAUCUUUUAUGGACUUGGCUCCUGCGAUCGACUAUCAACCAGCAAAUCAUAUGAUGCUUGUCUCAUUACUUGAACAUAUUUGCACAUUUUAUUGUACAAAUGAAGAAUCAAGUAGGGAGUUGUUUAAGUUUGUUUGUGAACAUUUAUCAAGAAUGAAGUUGAUACCAAACUUAUCAUAUACAGAUGAAUUACAAGUAAUUCGAAAAAAGUACAAUGCUGCUUUUACAGAGUUAAUGAUGGGUGCUGUUACAAGAUUAAAGACAAAUGGCAUUUCAAAUUUGCAUCCUGAAAAAUUAUGGCAUAUUUUUUCAAGAAAAAGCAAAUCAUUUACUAUUCAUUCAUGGUAUAAAGAAUCAUUUUGUGAAGUUGAUUUGUUGGGUCAAGGUGGCUUUGGAAAAGUUGUAAAAUCUAAAAAUAUUCUAGAUGAAAAGUUUUAUGCAAUUAAAAAAAUUGUUUUCAUUGAUGCAAAACCAGUAGAUUGUAUUAAGACACUAAGAGAAGUCCGCAUUUUCUCUGACUUAGAUCAUCCAAAUAUAGUGCGCUACCAUUCUUCAUGGUUAGAGUAUGGAAGUGAAGGUCAUUCAGGAAAAAUGAGAGAACCAAAGAAAAGUUUUUCAGAUCAAUUACUUGGUAAAUAUAAAAUAGCUUAUAAAAAUGGUGAACAUUCUGGUGGUUACAUUGCAUCUAAAAACCACAAAAGGAAAUGUCCUAAUAAUCCUGGUGCUCAUAGUAACACAUCUGAAAGUUGUGAUAUAGAUCUUUGCAAAGCCAAUACCAAUGACUUUUGCAGAUGUAAAAGACCAACGGAAUUGAUUAUGACUCUUUUUAUUCAAAUGGAACUUUGUCAGUUAACUUUAAAAUCAUGGAUGAAACGAAGAAAUGAAAAACUUAAAUCUGUUAAAGAUGUUGACAAAAAAACAAACCUUAAUAUCUUGAAGCAAAUCAUCUUGGCAUUGCAAUACAUUCAUUCUAAAGGACUUUUGCAUCGAGAUUUAAAACCUGCAAAUAUUUUUUUAAAUGAAGCUCAAAAUAAAGAUGUACAGCUACAUGUCAAAAUAGGAGAUUUUGGUCUCGCUCGAACAGCUCAUAAUGAAAAGUUGAAAGUUUCUAAUGAAAAAUUCUUUGUCAAUGAGGGUAAUCUAAGCAUGGCAAAUUGCUGGUCUAAUUCAUUCACAACAGAUGUGGGAACAAAUGUUUACGCUGCACCAGAACAAAAGAUUUCACGUAUUUAUACUAAUAAGGUAGAUAUCUUUAGUGUUGGAAUAAUUCUUUUCGAGUUGUUUCAUCCUUUCAACACAGAAAUGGAAAAAAUGCAACUUGUAAAUGGUUUACUUCAUCAAUAUACAUGUGGUGAUAUUAAUAACAUAUGGAGUGAAGAGGCAAUUUUAAUUCUUCAAAUGACUUCGGUUGUUCCAGAUCGUCGGCCAUCAGCUUCAGAUAUUUUAAACUACAGUUUAUUAAAAGAUAAAGAAGAGACAAUAGAUUAUCUCCGUUCUGCGCUUAAAGCAAAGGACAUGGAAAUUCAAUACUUGAAAAGAUUGUUAGACGAUUUCAGAGUAUUGUUAAAUUCCAAGAAAACUAUAGCACCUACUUAGCCUGAUUGACUUUUUAUUGAAAUUCUGUUAAGUACUUUUUAUUGAAAUUGUAAAGGACUUUUGCUGUGUAGUUUAACUUGCAGAUGAAUCCAAGAUGAAUCAAGAGACUUUAGAAGUAUUCUCUAUAAUUAUGCCAAAGAAAGAUAAACAUUUAUUAAUAAGUUUUUACAAAUAGUUCCCAUAAAUUAUUGUAAUAAAAAAAACAAUUGUUUUUC